AUGGCAACCCAACAGAUGGGGAGCCGGGGGCAGGUGGCUGCCGAGCUGCUGGAAGGGAGAAGGGGCAGCCACAGUGAGGACAAGAAGCAGACGCUGCUGGCGUUGCUGGUCUUGCUGCUGUACCUGACCACAGGCAUAUCGGGAAGAAGCUGGGAGGUGCCCAGAAGGAUCAGGGAAUGUAACUACCCGCAGAAUCCCGUGGCUCCCCAGGGGUUUGAGUAUCACAUGAGCGACCCUGCUGAGGAGCCGGUAAGGGUGCUCAGGAACUGGGUGAAGAAGAACCUGCACGUUUUCCUGGAGAAGCUGGAGGAGGAAGUGCGGGAGCUGGAGCAGCUGGUGCGGGACGUGGAGUCCUGGCUGGACGUGGUCCUGGGGGAGCCGCAGCCACACCCCGAGGAGCCCUGCUCCACCCACAAGGCUCACCUGUGA